AUGACCUCCUGGACCUUGUUGACAAUUACCCUGGUGCUUUUCUGCUCCAGCACCCUCUGCUCCCUAGGCUGUGACCUGACUCAGGGCCUGCAGGAAGAUUUCUCACUCCUGAACCAAAUGAGCACAUUUUCCCUGGUGCCAUGUUGGAAGGACAGGACCAACUUCAACUUCCCAAAGAAAGUCAUGGAAGGCAGCCAGCUCCAGAGGGAAAAUGUCACAGUCAUUGUUCAUGAGAUGCUCCAGCAGAUCUUCACCAUCUUCAGCCUGAAUGCCACUCCCGCAGCAUGGAAUCAGACCCAGCUCAUACAACUGCUCAGUGGACUGGAUCAGCAACUGGAACAGCUAGAGAGCUGUCUUGGGCAGGGUAUAGAAUGGGAAGAACCUUCCUGGGAAAGUGAGAACCCCAGGUUGGCCCUGAAGAGCUACUUCCAAGGAAUAAGGCAGUACCUACAAAGUAAAGAAUAUAGCCACUGUGCCUGGGAAAUCAUGAGCGUAGAGAUCAGCAGGGCCUUUCUGUUCAUGAGCAAAAUCACAAGGAAACUCAGGCACUGA